UAUGACGUGAUUUUUUAACACGUAAAAGUUAUGCCCAAAGCAAAACGAGCAGCAUCGGCGGAGAGCCGAAAUGGCUCCACUCAGGGAGGUAGCAAGAAAAACGUCGCGUCCUUGCAUGUUCUACAGCGGUACCUACCGGAGGACUUGAGCGUGACACGUGCUGCUCUUAUCGUCGCCAUUGCCGUCUCGGUCGGAAUGAUGCACAGGUCGCAUCUCUCGACUCUCUUUGAAAACGACCGCUUCUUUAGCCAUUUGUCUACACUAGAGCGUGAAAUGUCGUUCAGAACUGAAAUGGGUCUGUAUUAUUCGUAUUAUAAAACGAUGGUGCGCUCGCCGUCAUUCCUGAUGGGCUUGAGUGCUGUGAUGUAUGAUAACGUGACCGAGUAUCCGGACACUAUCAACACUCUGAAGAGAUUCAACUUGUAUCCGGAGGUCGCAUUGGCAGCUGCAUAUAGAGUAUUUAUCUUCAUAACUGGUGGUGGAACCAAGUGGAAGGCAUGCUACUCUAUUAACAGAGGACAUAACUUGCCACCAGUUGAGAGUUGUGUUGGAAUAGGGGACGAGACGUACUUUUAUGUGGACAGUGUGUUUGCAUUGAACGGAAUUCUUAUGAGUUUGUUCUUUUUGCUGGCAGUUUAUUUGAGUGACAGCAUUUUUGGUGGUCUCAUUGCUACUGCAGCGUAUUUCUUCAAUCACUCUGAGGCAACUCGUGUGAUGUGGACACCUCCAUUGAGAGAGAGCUUUUCAUACCCGUUCUUGUUCCUGCAGAUGUUUUGUGUGACGUGGACAUUACGAACGAAGAAGGUUGGAUGGAUCCAGACGGUUGCUGUUGCUGCGACGGGAAUUUUGUUUAUGUUGCCAUGGCAGUUUGCACAGUUUGCCCUGCUGACACAGACUGUAUCAUUGUUUGGCGUCUACACGUUCUCAUACAUUGGUGCCAGGCGGCUGAGAAUGAUGCUGAUUGGACAGCUGAUAGCUUUAGCAGUCAACUACAUUCUACAGUUUGGCAACGCGAUGCUUCUCACAUCCUUCUUUCUGCCUUGUCUUGUGUCAGUCAUGUUGGUUGCGGCUGUUGAUGAAUUGUGGAAGAAAAUACCAUCAAAAUUACUGAUUUUGGUGAUGCAAUGGGUUUUUAUGUGUGGAAGCACGAUUGCGUUGAAGGUGUUGUUAUCAACGCUUCUGCAAAUGAAAGAUGACGCACAUAUUGGUGACAUUCUGAAGGCUAAGUUUGGUCUCUACCGUGACUUUCACACUCAGCUGUACAUGUGUGCUAGGGAGUUUGGAUUCAUGGAAUGGGAGUUUGUUCGCAAGACGACUGUGACCGCGUUGCUUCCAACUGGAGCUGUUGUGGUGCUGGCGGUGAUAGGAAGGACGCUCUACUUGGAGCUUGCAAGGCAUUUGCUAGCUAGUCAGGAAGUCCAGCAGCAGGACGGUGUUGAUCACCAUACGAGAAGAGACAAAGACAAAACAGAAAAACAAAGAAAACUAUUACCACCGCAAGUGCAAGAGACAGACGAGCAGAUAGAAUCUACCAAGCCAAUGGCAGUGCUUCUCUACCACGCGUUUCAACUGGUAGCGUUUGCCGUCAUUGCCGUACUAAUCAUGAGGCUAAAGCUCUUCUUGACUCCACACAUCUGCCUAAUGACGGCUCUCCUGGCAUCCAAGGAGGUGUUUGUUAUUGAAAAACCAAUACAUCGACAGGCACUCGUUGCUGUGGCGUUUGCAGUUAUGUGCGUUCAAGGUGUGCCAAACAUUCGUCAUCAGUGGAGCAUUGAAGGCGAAUUCAAUAAUGCAAACCACGAGGAAUUGCUUUUGUGGAUACAAAAUCAUACUGCAAAAAAUGCCGUGUUUGCUGGUUCAAUGCCGGUGGCCGCAUCUGUGAAGUUGUCCACGGAACGUCCGAUUGUGAACCAUCCACACUAUGAAGAUGUGGGUUUAAGAGAGAGAACGCACAAGGUCUAUCAAAUCUACAGCCGAAAACCAGCGCAUGAAAUUCACUCCACAUUGAAAUCGCUAGGAGUUAACUAUGUCAUCGUAGAAGACACGUGGUGCCACCAGAAAUCUCAGGAGGGAUGCAGUAUGGGCGAAGUGUGGGACAUGGAGGACGAGAAGAACCAAGAAAACAAACAGUUUUGCGAGUUGGCUCGAAACCAUCAUGCACUCGAUCCAUUUAAAAUUGCUUUUAAGAACGACGUGUAUCUCGUACUACAAGUUCCUCACUGAUUGAACUACUUGCCGGUUGAGUUAGUGGAAUGCCAUUUUUCAUAUAGAGAAUCUCGUUUCUUGCCCUA